ACACCUCAGACUAGAGUUCCCAGUGGCGAAAAAAAUUAUCAGAGAAAUGAUAACGUUUUCGAGCGAGUACAAAUAAAACAAGUGGGAAACCCGAGGCAGCACUCUUAUAAAUUCUUCAAGAAAAGCACCACUCUGUGAUUGUACGUGAUCAGAAACCGCAAGAAGAUGCAUUUUGUGUGGGUUUUGUCGGUGCUGGUGUGUGGUGCGAUGGCUAUUGAAUCCAACUUCUACCGAGAGGAAGCUUGUGCAAACGCCAAAGGAUACUGCGUCCUGAGAUCAGAAUGCCCCCAAACCGUCUCAGCCCCCCAGGCCGACCUCUGCUCCGGCCAGAAAAAAGACGGCGCAGUUUGUUGUCCAAACUUUCCCGAAAACCAAGUGAAUUGUCUCCAACGCCACAACGUCUGUCGACCCUCUGCGGAAUGUCCUGGAAAUUUAAAUAUCGGUCGUCUUGGGUGCGCUUCCGGUGAAACCUGCUGCGUUUUAACAAAAUAGCCUAUAACGUUUAUUGUUUGUCUAUGUUUGCUGUAGUUAGAAAUUUCUUUCAAAUACAAUAA